UCCCCGGCUUGGGUGGGGUCCCCGGCUGCGACCGGAUCCCGGAUCACGCCAGGCCCGGGCAGCCUGUGCGGGAUCCCGGUGCCCUCGCUCGGCCGCCCGCGCCCCGGGGACCAUGCUGGGCCGGCUGCGGGGCUGGGCGCUGCCCGCCGCCGCCUGCCAGGACGCGGGGCCGCCCGGGCGCUACGAGAGCCUGUUCCGGCAGCUGGACCGCAACGGGGACGGCGUGAUCGACAUCGGCGAGCUGCGCGAGGGGCUGCGGAGCCUGGGCAUCCCCCUGGGCCCGGACGCCGAGGAGAAAAUCUUUGUUACUGGUGAUAUCGACAAAGAUGGGAAGCUGGAUUUUCAAGAAUUUAUGCAGUACCUUAAAGACCAUGAGAAAAAAAUGAAAUUGGCAUUUAAGAGCUUGGACAAAAAUAGUGAUGGAAAAAUCGAGGCUUCUGAAAUUAUCCAGUCUUUCCUGAAUUUAGGGAUAAAGAUUUCUGAAAAACAAGCAAAGAAGAUUCUUCAAAGCAUUGAUAGUGAUGGGACGAUGACAGUGGACUGGGAUGAAUGGAGAGACUACUUCUUACUGAAUCCUGUGACAAACAUCGAGGAGAUCGUCCGUUUCUGGAAGCAUUCCACCGGUAUCGACAUAGGCGAUAGUUUAACCAUCCCGGAUGAAUUCACGGAAGAUGAGAAGACGUCGGGGCAGUGGUGGAGGCAGCUCCUGGCGGGCGGCAUCGCCGGCGCCGUCUCCCGCACAAGCACCGCGCCCUUGGACCGUCUCAAAGUCAUGAUGCAGGUCCACGGUUCACAAUCCAAGAAAAUGAACAUAUACAGCGGCUUCCGGCAGAUGGUGAAAGAAGGAGGGAUCCGCUCCCUCUGGAGGGGAAACGGCACAAAUGUUCUUAAAAUCGCCCCGGAGACGGCUCUCAAGUUCUCAGCCUACGAACAGUACAAGAAGAUGCUUACCAGGGAAGGACAGAACAUAGGGACCUUUGAGAGAUUUGUUUCCGGUUCCUUGGCUGGAGCAACCGCACAGACGUUUAUUUAUCCUAUGGAGGUUCUGAAGACCAGGCUGGCCGUGGCCAGAACGGGGCAGUACACCGGCCUAUUCGACUGUGCCAGGAAGAUUUUGAAGCAUGAAGGCAUGGGGGCUUUCUUCAAAGGUUAUAUCCCCAAUAUACUGGGCAUCAUACCUUACGCAGGUAUAGACCUUGCUGUGUAUGAGCUCUUGAAGUCCCACUGGCUGGAACACUUUGCCAAAGACACGGUGAACCCCGGAGUGGCAGUGUUGCUGGGGUGUGGGGCCUUGUCCAGCACCUGCGGGCAGCUGGCCAGCUACCCGCUGGCCUUGGUGAGAACACGCAUGCAGGCUCAAGCCAUGAUAGUAGGAAGCCCACAGCUGAACAUGGUUGGCCUCUUUCGACACAUCAUUUCCAAAGAAGGGGUACCGGGAAUGUACAGAGGCAUCACCCCAAACUUCAUGAAGGUGCUCCCGGCUGUAGGCAUCAGCUACGCGGUUUAUGAAAAUAUGAAACAAGCUUUAGGAGUCACCCAGAAAUGACAUGCUGAACGUUUUUUUUUUCUCUUUAGCACGAUUACACUGAAAUUCUCAAUAAUCUCUAAGAGGGACUUUUUCUCCUAGAAUUGCAAGUUGAUGGCAAAAGAAGUAUUUUUUCCCCCCCACAAAAGGGAAGAGCUUAUCAACGAUCAUUUAAACACUUGGUCUCAAUUUUCUAUAUACAGAAAUGUUUUUAAAAGAAAAAUCAUAGUUUUAAUAAGCUCAUCCAGUUUUGAAAAAGCCAGAAAAUGAAUUUUAUCUCUUCUCCUUAGUCCUUUCUACAAAUCUCUGCCCCGAGUCCUCAGUCUGAAACAUGAACCUGCUUGAACUAACUGUGUUUUGCGUGGUGGAAUCAUAAAUCAUCCGUCGUUAUUGUUGGGUGGUUCAAGUGUAUGCCAGCUUGUCUUUUUCUUAAACGCCAAGAUGAUCAGAAAACCUCAACGUUUAAACUGUUUUAUAUAUUUUGAAUGUCUUUGUAGACUCCUUAACAUUUCCUUAUAGACCUGUUAAUCAAAAGUCACCGUAUGAAAGACAUACCUUCCGGCAGCCAAGUAAGUAUAGGAUUUCUAUCCUUACCUUCCUGUAAGCUGAGUGAGAAUGAACGCACGUGGCUGGAUUUCAAGGCAUGGGGAUACCCUCACCUAUGGAUAUCAUUUUUGUGAUAAAAUAAUACUUAUUCUGUGGCCCAUUUUCUCUUUCCCUUGCACUGUAAUUUAGUUUCCCUUACACUGACUGUCAGCAUAUUCCUGUUACGUUACCAACCCAAGACAACUUAUUUGAAGGGUUCUGUUGCUAUUCUCUCUUGGCUUUGCCAAGUACCAGGACACAAAGCAUUUUUAUGGAGACCAGCGUUUGAAGAGCCUCUCUCGAUUUUUCGUCCUUGGUUUCCUAGGUGAAUCAGAUUUAACCAGGAAGGUUUCUGAGGACCAUUCUUGGUCAUCUGAAAUGCCUUCAUUGCAUGAAGUGGGUUGAUCCCGGGUGGGAGACAACCCCUGUCCUCCCUUCCUGUUGAAUUUCUUUGAACCUGCAAUUCUCCACUUGGGCAGCACAAACCUAAGAGAGUAGAACAUAUUAUUAGUAGCAAAUAUCUUUUUUAAACAAAAGGCCCAAUUUAUGAACAUACACUAUCAUAAUAUCUCUUGCCCCAAGUUUUAGAACAUGUUAUGAUAUAGAAAAUAAUUUUUAAUAUUGAUAGCAUGUUUUUUUAUUUUAUUAGAGCUUUUGGGUUUUUUUUUUUUUGGUAGAACUAUCUUUUCUGAUUUAUGUGAUUCGGGCCUAGUUUAUUAGUUGGAGUUAUUCUUACCAUUUUUUAAAAUUUAGUUUCUAAACUUGUUUGACUUCUAGUAAUUGCUAUUAUAAAUUGUCAACAUUGUCGUGAAAAUCUAGUGACAUAAUAGGCAAUUUACUUUCUUUGAAUCUACCUCUUAUAUUUUACGAACCAAAGAGAAAUGUUGGACUUGUCUUUGUGAAACAUAUUCCAAAAUGUAGUUUUCAUUAUAUGAGUUAUGACUGAUACAUGUCUCAGUAUUUUUAUACUACAUAUAAGCAUGGGACUCUUAUUCUUUUGGGUGGUUUGUACUUUGGAGUAAUACAUAAUAAUAUUAAGGUACAUGAUUAGCUCUUUUUUUUUACUCAUAAAAAAUUAUGGAAUGGACAACUGACAUUUCAAGCUACUGAAAAAUUAUCAUUGUUCAUGAUGAAUUUAAAUUGUGUGCUAUUUAACAUUUGUAAGGAGUGAGUGUGAUUCAGCUGUGCAUCUUGUAUCUUUUGAAACAGUGAUUUUGUAUCUUUUGAAAAGAGCCCCGAGUUGAAGAUAGAUUAUUUCUGGCAUUAGUGAAUACUUAGUUUCCAUUUAUAUUAAAAAUAUAUAUGUAUUUGUUUU